AAGGGGUUAGCAAAUUCAGUGUUUUCUUUCGAACUGGUGUACAAUGUCUUGAUCGCUUGAUACACAAACAGAAGGGAGCUCACGAAGUGAUGCUACACUUUGAGACGUUUUCGAUAAGAACCAAGUUUUUUAUAGUCUAUUUGUUCAUUUAUGCAAACAAUUGUACACUUCUGGUAAUGAAAAGACCGAAAACUGUAUAUGGUUUAAAUUAGAAUACUUUACUGUACAUAAAUGAACAAGUCAUUUACUGCAUUUAAAAAUGACUGUGAAAGGUUCGAUCAAUGCAGAUGUUAAAACUGACCAGAGAGACGAUGUCAACCCGCCGGAUGAUAGCUCUUCUAGGCAAUCAUCGAGGCUAUCCGACGUAGAAGUUCCUGAAAACGUGACCGAGUUGGUAGACGACGCUAUACGGGCUUACGAGUACAGGGUCAAAUAUUACGAAGAACUUAUCCGCGAGACUGUCAAUGAAUUCGAAGGCGGACUCAAAAGAGCGCAUGUAGAUGAGUUGAGUGUCUUGAUCAACGAGGCUAGCGAUGAGACGAAGCAAAUGCAGCACAUCUGUCAGAAAAUUGUGAACAGUUUAGGACGUUUGAUUCCAGUGAUAUACCAGUCCAUUGAGAUUUUAGAAUUCCAGGUUAAAUCAGACACAGAACAUCUCUUGGCUAUGGAACAUAAUUGGAGUGGGACGGAUGCAAUAGGCGGCGAUGAAAGUGAAAAAGAAGAAGCGAAGACUGACAGUGAGUUGAACGAAGAAACCAAAGAGGGUCUGGGCAAUGUGAAACUUAUCAGAUCUAUCGACAAGAUCGAGAAGCAAAUUAUUAAAGGCCCCGUUCCUGCAAAAGUGCAGGUGGCUAUGGACAAGGCACGCAAAUUGGGAAGAGCUCUGGUUGGCUUUUUGAAUGAGAGCAAGAAUGUGCGCUCCGUUUUCAAAGAAGCACAGGGUGAAGCGGAUUCGGCGGCAGUGAUCAACUUUUUAGCCCAAGCAUCUGCUAGAACGACAGGAGACAGUCAGAACCUGGCCCUGUACUAUGGGAAGCAGGGGGCGGAGGAGGUGAAGGAGAUGGAGAUACAGACCAGCAGACAGGUGACGAGGCUGAAGACAGAACUCAUGCAGAGAACUACUCACACACUCACUUCAGCCUCACGAGUCUCGUCCGCCAGUGCCACUGCACAGCAAAACCAACAGCACAAAGGAGAGGAAGUUGAUGGGGUCAAAAGCGAAGCCGAUGAUAAAACAGAAGAAACCAAAAUGGAACCCAGUGAUGAGAAAAAAGACGAUGAAAAUAACAAAGAGUUGGACAAGAAAGAAAAUACAGACGCUGCGAAGGAGCCAGAUGAAAGGGCAGGAGAAUCUCAAGAGACUUCCAAGGCAAAGCAGAAAUCGGGGAAGAAAGGGAAGGCAGCAGCAGCUGCAAAAGGAAAGAAAGGCAAGGGAGCUGCUAAAGAAAAAGGAGGAAACAAAGCAAAGAAGACAGCCGAACCGCCACUACAAACCGAAAAAUCGGAAGCGAAAGAAAAGGAAGAAACUGAAAAGCCGAAAGAAGAUAACGAAGAAACACCUGCUGCAGAACCAGAAGAAACGGAUGAAGAGCGUGCUCAAAGAGAAGAAGAAGAACAGAAGGCUGAACAGUUGGCUAAAUUUGCGCAACUUGUUGACUCGAAAAGGGAAGUGCAUCAAGGCAUAGGAGAGGAGCUGGCUCAGUUCCACGUGCGAGCGAGACAGGUUCAGGAUGAAAUGAAGGCGGCGGAAAGAGUGUUUACCAAGUUUGACACAAAGUACAGAUACAACUUGGAGGAGUUGAUGUAUUUCACAAUGGACAAAGUGUUCACGCACCUCGAAAAAGUUGAGCCACUCUACAUGAUGGCAACAUCCUCAUCUGGUGUCCUGAUGGAGAACGUGGAGGAGGCACAGCAGGGCAAACAGGACCUGAUGAUGCAAGAAAUGCUGACCAAUCAGAUUGCAGACAGCGAGCAACAGGCCCUGGAAGACUUGCAAGCAUUGAGAGAUGGAAUGGACUUGAUGGAGAGAGUGUAUGAGAGUUUCCGAGACACCAAGUGUAUCUGGGAAGUGGAGAUCCCCACCGCAGUGCUGUCUGAGGCUAGGGAGAGACUCACAGCUCUCAGGGACCUCAACUACAGGGUCCAAUUCAACAGAAAAGAGCUGGUGAAGAUUUCGACAGCCCUUCUGAAGGAGCUGAAUGGUCACGAGUGGAGGGAUCUGAUAGAAAUCCAGCUGUUAGGAGUGCCCGGACAGGAAGUGGAGCGGAUAGUGGCUCUGAUUGAGAAGCAGACGAUUAGCAAUGAGUCCUUCGCUCUGAAGACAGUGGCGGACAUUGACAGAAUGACACGAUCUGUAGGAAUGCAGAAGGUGGCCCCCUUGGAGGAUGUCUACCGUGCUAUUCCGGAGUUGGAAUAUAGAUUCAGCCAGUUGCGAGUCCUGCUCAACAACAUCCAGAAGCUGAUGGUGGAGUCGAGACAGAAUGUGAACAAACUCAUGGAGGAUCCCUCUAAGAAAUGGAACCUCGUGCCAAUCCUGAGAUGUGCAGCCGCACCGAGUGGAGAGAAUGAAAGUCCAAUUGGAGUGUUUCGAGUGCCAGAAGAGUGUGUGGGAUUGGCGAAGAGUAUGGAUGUGCGGACGAAACACGCGUGGGAGAAGUCCGCUGUUCGCAUGAAUGAGCUUCUUGUCAGCGAAGUCGUCUAUUUUCAGAAGCCACCAGAGCUCCCAUGUCACAUACUGCUAGGAAUAUCUCAUGGGGUGCCUUCUGUGAAUGACUCUUGUGAGCGACUGAUCAUCAAGCAGACUUUCGACGGAGUGGACUGGAUGGAAGUGGAACCCUACAAGAGCCACCUGUUCUACUCCUACCCAGACAACAAAACUACUUUCCCACCGGCGAUGGUAUUUGGUGAAGUGAAAACAGACCAACUUGCUCUUGCAUACUGUGUAGUAGUAGAGUACAAGGACGGCCGAGUGAUGAAGAAAGCGGCACCACAAGUGUACACGGAGAGCAAGAAGAUCUUCAGGGAGGGGGGAAGACUGUUCGCCGCCCAGAAUAAACAGAGCCAGCUGGUGGUGCCGAGAGAUAGCUUCCAGUACCUUUCAUCUGUCUCAGUCAAGUCGAUAAGUGCUGGCUACAUGAUAGAAGAGGAGCUACUGAAAUGCUUCACGGGUCUAAAUGCAGUGAGUGCUCUCUUCUCGGUUGAGGUGGAAGCUACCAUAGUGAGUCAGCUGACCACCUUCUCCCUCAGCCUCCCAUACCCUCAACAAGUGGAGGAUGUAAGAAGACCCACUUCUGCAAAACUCACUGUCAUUGCAUUUGAGAAAACAGUGCAACAGUGGGUGCUGAUGACCAACUCGGGGACUAGCAGUGACGUCAUAUCAGUGCAAGGAGGAACUGUUCACAUCAACUUCCCUCCUGCAAACAUUGGGAAACUGUUGGUGGUGAAUGGCAGCUGUGACCACAUACACGACGUGCCUGAACAGAUGGAGUAUUUGCUUGCCAAAGUGCCGCGAAAGCCUUACUGUGAUGAUGACAUUUUAGACGACAACUGUUUGCGACAAAUAGUGGACAAAAUAACGCUGGAGUUCGACCGCUUCGCUAUUGUGCUGGGCAUCUCCACUGCAUACAGAAACAAAGCGAGAGUGAACUCGAAGGCCAACAUCAUGCAACAGAAGUUCGAAAUACUUCGAGAGUGGAAACGAAAGAACAUUGACUCAGGAGACUUAUGUGUCAAAAUGUUGAAAUCGUUGAGGUCCGAAAUUGUGGGAAGAUACGAUAUUGCCGACUGGCUGGAAGAACUGAUUGUCAGAGAGCGAAAUAUCUAUUGGGAGAACAGGAGCAAGUAUCAAAGUGUCCAGCCAGCGACACACAGGCGUGACUACAUUUUCUCACCGGCAACAAUCGGAAACGAAGAUCCGUUCUUGGGGCAGAUUCUAGAAGAACCGACGGAGGGCAAGAAGCCGAACAGCCGAGGUCUCUCAGACAUGUCUUUUCGAGAUGAAGUCGAACCAGGAGUAAAAGACGAGGACCCGGGAAUGAUGAGUGACCGUACGGAACUGACGGAUUAUGGAUCGGUCGGAGAUUUGGAAAACGAAGACGGAAACAAUUCUGUGACGAAUGAAGGGAGCAAAGAUGAAAGUGCCGCAAACGAGGUCGAGCAAAAGCUUAAAAACGGGGAAAAUGAAGUGUGGCAGAAAAUUGAAAUGGAUCUAAGCGGAGCGACUGAUGGAGAAAAUCAGAUUGACAGCAAGGGCGAAAAUGAAAGUGAGCAAGUGGCAAGCGCGCUUGAGAAUACUUCAACAAAAAUGCAGGAAUCUGUUUCAACAAGUGGUAAUAAACAUGAAAGUUUUGAAGUGAAGGACGGUUCCGAUGAUGGAGACAAUGAAAAGUCAAAAGAAGAGAAAACUAUUGAAAAUGAAUUUAAAAGUGAUGUUAAUCUUCCACGUGAAAACGAUGAAAAGCAAAAUGAAAGCCUUAAAAGUGAUAACAAUGAUGCUGAACUUGGUGAUAAAAAUAACGAGGCUUCGAGAACCGAAAAGAUUACAUCAAGAGAAAGAAGAAAUAGCGAAAAACUUGAUUUGAAACGGUUCAAGACAGAAUUGCUGAAAAAAGACGAAAAAGAAGGCAACGUGGAUAAAAGUGAAGCGCUCUUUAGAAGCAAAACAUUCUGAGGUCAUCUAACGACGGCGAAAAAUGAUUAAUGUAGAUUUACUCUAAUAGUUUUACUAGUUACGCGAAAAGUUCUGAAUUCAAUUAAUUUCGCAUUGCUGGAAUGAUGUAUAAA